AUGUUUCUCACACCUCUCUCAUCCCUCCGCGUCUCAAAACAUCUCAUACCAGCAAAUAAUCUCAUUCCCAACUGCAGCAUCCAGCAAAAGCCCCUCCUCCAUUACCACGGCGCCUUCCAACGCCCCAUCUCAGCGUCAAAGAUCGAAGCGCACCUCGCGUCAAUCGGCGCGGUGGAACCACAAUGGCGCUACACAAUGUACAGCCAGACGCACUUCCACAGCACAUCCCACGAGGUCCUCUGCAUUAGUCACGGCAGGGCCCGGCUGUGCUUUGGCGGCGAGGAGAGCGAUGGGCGCGUUGAGCCUGUCGUGGAGCAGGGCGACGUUGUCAUUGUGCCUGCGGGCGUUGGACAUCGGCUGUUGGAGGAUUUGGAUGGUGGGUUUGAAAUGGUAGGGAGUUACCCUCAGGGAUGCGAUUGGGACAUGUGCUAUGGACACAAGGGAGAGGAGAUCAAGGUUAAUGCCAUUAAGAAUAUGGAAUGGUUUCGGAAAGAUCCUGUCUAUGGGGAUGAGGGACCUGCCAUGGGGGUGUGA